AUGGAGAUCAGGCUGUGGGAUUCCAGAGACUGGGAAUACCAAGCCAAAGUGGGGGUGUGUGCUCGCAAGAGGCCGGGGUCCGGGGUCCGGGCGGCGGGGACCGGAGGCUGGGCUGGGCGGAGUCUGUCCUCGGAGCCCAGCCGGGACCAAUCGCGCCGACAGAGGGGCGGGGCGCCAUCACGUCAGCCCGCGGCCGCCGCGGGGCCUGCUGAUCGCCGGCUCCGCGCCGCCCGGAGUCGCCCAGGCCUCCCCUCCUGCCCGGUCCCCGGCUGCCCGCCCCGGGCCCGCGAGGACGCCGAGGCCGCCCCCGGGGGUGGGGAGCGGAGCGGCGGGUCAGCUCUGCGAACGCCGCGCCCGCCGGCCGGCCCCGCCCCCGCCCCCGCCCCCGCCCCGGGCCCCGGCCCAGCCCCGGUCCAGCCCCGGUCCCGGCCCCAGGUCUCAGCAUCCCGCCCCGGGCCCAGGCCCCCUGCCCCGGCCCCUUCCCCGGCCCGCUUCCCAAAUAGGUGCCAGUCCCCGCCCGGACACCAGCGAAUGCCCAGAUCCAAGUCCCAUCCUAGGCCCCCCCUCCAGCCUCGGACCCAGGCCCUGGCCGGGCCCCCAUCCCCUCCUCUGCCCUGGUUCCAGCUCCUGUCACCAAUGCCAGCCCCACCCCGGUCCCAAUCCCAGCCCCAGUGUUUGCUUAAGCCCAGGGCCCAAACCCUGCCCUUAUUACUCCAGUCCCCAUCACAGUGUCUCCUUCUAUCCCACCCGCUGCCCCCUUUCAAGCUCCCGUGCCCAGCCCGGCCCAGCCCAUUCUCUCAGCCUUUGCCCGCUUCUCUGUGUGUACCCACCUCUCUCCCACCACCUACCCCUCUCCCUCACCCCCGGCCCCGCUCCCAGCCCCAGCUCAGGUCCGGGCUCCAGCUGCCACCAGCCCUGUUGCUGCUGUUGCUGUUUUCUGUCCUUGGCCCAGGGGCUGGUAAUAAGUGCACCUGGUACAACAUUCGAAAGGUACAAAAGGCAGUGAAAAGGAGAAGGUCGCUGAAUCUCUGCACCUCCCCUGGUCGCCACUGAAUGCUCCUCUUACAAUAAGGAGGGGUAUUGGACUUACACAGUGUAAGGCAGGAGCACACCUUAACCAUUGCGGUAUGUCCACUGAUCCUUCAGUUAAGCCACUAACAAGCAAUAAAUGGAGCAGUUUUUCUUCCCCUAAACUGUCCCACAAGGAAACGGGCCACCUUCGAUCAUGGGCGCCUGCCUGUGGGGAUCAUUCACCACAAGAUUGCUGUGGGUGAUUCCUGUCAUGGGACAUGGUGUUGAUAAAAUCACUUGUGCUAGUAGUUCUGGUCCUUAAGGUUUGAUACCAAAGAUGAGGGACAUUUGCUUUGGAUAGCAGAGAUUGCAGUCCCUGAGAAAUGAGGGAUUUAGGAACUCCCUGAAGGCAUACUCCUUUUUUUUUUUUUUUUUUUUUUUUUUUAGGUAUGCUAUUUUUUAUCUUCAUUCUUUAACUCAGCAGAUAUUUUUUUUUAGCAUCUAGUGUGUGCCAGGUGGUGUGGGAGGCAUUGGGGUUGCAGUGAUGUUUUUUGCAUCAUUCCAGGUGGAGGGUAAUGGGGUUUCUGGCCUUGCAUCCUUCAGGGCCUCCUUCCAGCUUUGCUGGAACUCUGUGCCUUGGCUGGCUUGUCCCAUGGUGUGGAACUCAGGGGCAUGUCAGAGCCCGGGGCUUCUGUCCCAGAACAAGAUUUAGAGCUAUGUCUCGGUCAGAAUAAACAUGUACGUGAACAGCGGCCUCUACUUUAUUGGGGCGCACAAGGUCCUCUACUCUCAGAAGGCCAGAGAGCCCUAUUCAGGAGGCACCUCCUCCCCUGAACCGCUCCAGUGGCAGGGCUUAGAUAGCUGCAAACGCGGCGGAGAAGGGACUGGAGUAAACGGGACUGUGUUCGGCCGAAGAGUGCUGAAGCUGGGUGGGUCAGGGGUGGUGUCAGCUGAGGAGAGAAGGGCUGGGGGUCUGAUCCAGAAGAGCAGGGAGAUGUGGCUGUUCUCUAGCCUGAGCGGAAGAAGCAGAUGCACCUUGAGACGAAGCAGUGGGAGGGGAGACAGAAGGCUUCAUGAACGUCAGAGCUGCCCUCAGCUGUGUUGAUUCAUUUCUCCCACUGAUUCUAGCAAACUCAUCCUCGAGGUGUACACUUCCUAUUAGGCUCUGUGUCUGGGGAAACAAAAAUAAGAUCAGGUUUCUAUUCUCAAGUUGCCUGGAGCUAAAGAGUGGCCCUUCCCUGGGGGUAUUAAAGCAGAGCAUGGACAAGUACUUGGAAAGGGCAGGCGGGGGGGGGGGGGGGGGGGG